UAUCCUCUCUCUUGUCUGUUUCUAAGUCCCAAGUCGCCAUUUGAUUCAGGAAUCUGCCAUUAUAACGUCCGCCGAAUAUCGAAGACAGUGAAAAUGGGAAAAUGUCCAAGGUGCACAAAGGAGGUUUACCAUGCGGAGAAGAUACCAGCAGCAGGAGCAGACUGGCAUAAGGCUUGCCUGAAAUGUGAGAAAUGCAAAAAGGGGCUUCAACCCGGCUCUUUUUCAGCGCAUGAUGGAAUGCCAUACUGCAAUCAGCCAUGUUACAAUGCUUUAUUUGGACCUGACGGUUGCGGAAGAGGAGGACAAAAGCACAAAUAUUAGUAAUAAAUUUGAAGAGAUAGACAGGUUGAAUGUGUAAUAAAUUUUUAUUGUUAUUGUUCCUCUAUCAGAGAAAAAUUUUGCAAAUUGAUCGUUUUUCGUUCUCAGUUUAUUGUGAUAUUUUGUUUAAAUUUAGGUUCGUGGCUUUCAUCUCAUAUUAGAACUAACUAGUGUUUUCCCACAUUAGUAAGCAAAAUUCUGAACAACAGUCAACUUUCAUUUAUACGAUCUAUUUUUACCGAGUGGAUAUUAUUUUUUUGUACUGUUUGUGAACCAUUUUUUCACAACAGAUCAGUAGUAGAAUAAAACGAAACAUAUAUAUUUCGAUUUCUGAUUACACAUA